CGUGGCGGGGGCGGGGCCUGGACGCGGUCGGAGCCCGCGAGCAGAACUGGAGCCUCAGCGCUAAGUCGCCGCCCCGGGGACCCGCCCGCCCCGCGCCUCCCGGUCCGCGCCCCGCAGCGUCCUGCCCUUUGCUGCCCAGCCCCGCGCCCCACUGCGCUGAGAGGAGCGAGCAGCUCGUCCUGCCCCCAGAGUCCAGAUGGCUUCCGUGACCGACAGCAAAGCUGGCGUCAAGGAUGCUUCUGACCAGAAUUUUGACUACAUGUUCAAGCUGCUCAUCAUUGGCAACAGCAGUGUUGGCAAGACCUCCUUCCUUUUCCGCUACGCCGAUGACACCUUCACCCCGGCCUUCGUGAGCACCGUGGGCAUCGACUUCAAGGUGAAGACCGUCUACCGCCAUGAGAAACGAGUGAAGCUGCAGAUCUGGGACACGGCUGGUCAGGAGCGGUACAGAACCAUCACCACAGCCUAUUACCGGGGCGCCAUGGGCUUCAUCCUGAUGUACGACAUCACCAACGAGGAGUCCUUCAAUGCUGUCCAGGACUGGGCUACUCAGAUCAAGACCUACUCCUGGGACAAUGCGCAGGUUAUCCUGGUGGGGAACAAGUGUGACAUGGAGGAAGAGAGGGUGGUUCCCACUGAGAAGGGCCGGCUCCUUGCCGAGCAGCUUGGGUUUGACUUCUUCGAAGCCAGCGCCAAGGAGAACAUCAGCGUCAGGCAGGCCUUCGAGCGCCUGGUGGAUGCCAUUUGUGACAAGAUGUCUGAUUCCCUGGACACAGACCCCUCUGUGCUGGGCGCCUCAAAAAACACGCGCCUCUCUGACACCCCACCACUGCUGCAGCAAAAUUGCUCAUGCUAGGCAAGGCCCAUCCUCCCUGCACCCCUCACUGUCCCCACCCCCCAUCCCCCACCCCCCCCCCCCAGUUCGCUUUUCCCUGUCGCGUUCCUGUCGGCCCCAGUCCUGAGCAGGCCGAUGUUCUUUGCCGGCAGCUGAGGUGCAAGCCAGCCCUUGGGCUCUCUGCGAAUGCCCCCACUCACAGAUGUUCAGCACUGGACCGACGGUGUGAGCACAGGGGUGGGGGGAGGAGGGGAGUCAAGAGUGGGAAGAAGACGUCAUUUUUCAAAGGGGGUUCCCUACAGGGACUUGGAAUGUGAGUUUCUCCCGCCUUUAAGAUAAGAUUUCCUCCACUGACCAAGUUUCACACACACACACACACACACACACACACACUCUGACAGGAACCUGCCAACUAUGUAAAGUGAGACCUAUGUGCGUUGUUAAUCCUAUUAAAGAAAACCUCUUAAACCGAA